AUGUUUGUUGACAUCGGUGGCGGUAUGGUACACGAAGGUCUUGCACUGAAGACACGAUAUCCGAACCCGCCAGGUCGCUUUGUAAAUCAAGACCUACCUCAGAUCGUGUCAGAUCAGAAACUGCAUGGGAUUGAGUCCAUGGCUCACGACUUCUUUACUCCCCAGCAACUAAAAGAUCCAUCGCACAGCAAGGUCCUGAUCAAUCAGUGGCUCGUCCCGACGCAACGAGCCUCGUUCAUGACCCACCAAGACCCGAACACGAUGGCGACGUUCAGCCCCAUGGAGCGGACGGAGGAGGAAACGCGGCAUCUGCCGGAUGGGGCGGGACUUCGCGUUCUGCGUGUUUGGCGGCCCGAUGAUGGGAAGAGUGAGUGUGUCGCUGAGGCGGGGGCGAGGUAG